CUGUUGGGCUUAGUAGCUAAGCUACACAUGAAGGCCAGUUGGUUGUCGGAGGUUACUUGAGGAGCAUGCCCACAUUAGGGACAUUUCAGAGACUCUUCGAAAGAAUUCUUCCGCUUUACAUGUACACCAUGUGCUUACUCAUUGGGAUGUAUGCGCUUGUUCCAUGGAAGUCCCUGGGAGAAGUUCCAAAGUCACUCUUGGAUAAAUGCAGAAGGUCUUGGUGGACAAAUCUGCUGUUUAUUAACAACUUCGUUUUGAUUGACCAACAUUGCAUGGGUUGGACAUGGUACCUUGCAAAUGACUUUCAGUUUCAUAUCACAACUCCGUUCUUCAUUUUGCUCCUCCACAGGAACAGAAUGCUUAUGUUUGCCCUGGCAGGAUUUCUCUUGAUGACCUGUGUUAUUGUUACUGCUUUCGUCUCAUGGUUCUUCAAGUUGCCAGUUGGACUUCACUUCGAUGCCAGAUUGCUUUCAUAUGAAGUAUACAACACUCAAUACUACGUAAAGCCUUAUUGUCGCUAUGGUCCAUUCUUAAUUGGAAUCAUGUUGGGCAUUUUACUGCAUCACAGAAAAGGUCCUUUGCUGACCAAGACCUCUGCCCUUACUGGAUGGCUGUGCUGUCUGACCACAAUGGCAGCAGUAGUUGCACUGGGCUAUGCACUGGAUGACUCUGUCGAGUCAUAUUCUGUGGCCCCUGUGCUCUAUCAAGCGUUGCACAGGAUUGCCUGGGCAGCUGCCAUAGGCUGGAUCAUACUCGUGUGUGAAGAACGACAUGCAGGGUUUGUUGGUACUUUUCUGUCCAGCAAGUUAUGGAUCCCCCUUGCCAAUAUCAGCUAUGCCUGUUUCCUGAUACACCCUGCUGUGAUAGAUAUGUAUUCUGGGCUACAGGAGACACUCCUUCAUUACACAGACAUCAACAUGCUUGGGGCGUCAAGAGUCCAGAGUUCAAUUCCGGUGCAGUCUGUAAGGAAUUUCUAUGUUCUCCCCUUUUACCUCUUCAUUGGUCACACGGUUUUGGCACACAUCAUAGGAUUUGCUUUAUGCAUAUGUAUUGAAAAUCCUCUUCAAGCGUUACGGAAGUACUUCCGAUAAUCGUAUUCUAGACUUCAAGUGAUAACCUCCUUAUCGACUUCCCUGAAGAUUCACCAUUUAAACUUAGUUGAACUUAGUGGAUUGAAAUGGUAAAUCUUUAGCUCUCAAGAAAAUUGCCUGCCUUUUUAAAGAACA